CGAGAACUGUUCUCAAAAGAUUUUGCACCAGCUGACUGAAAAAGAGGAACAGCGAUUCAUUUAUUUUAUUUUAUUUUAUAUUUGGAUUACAGACUUCCUCUUUGUAAUCAUCUGCACCACUCCCAAAAUUGCCUUUUUGCUCAUAGUAACACAUCAAAACGUACGAACUGAGUCACCUAAGUGCUUUAUUAUUAAAUAUCAGUAGUCAUUAUCACAACAGAAAGUGUUGAUGCAUGGGAGGAGUUCCUUAAGCUUUACUGAGCUGAGAUAAUAUAAAAACCAACCCGCACAAAACCAAAUCUGUAGUUUGUGCAUCUAAAUCGCCUGAAAUCCAUAAUGAAGAUCACCCUCAUUCUCUUUCUCACCAUCACUCUGAUCUCUCAGGGCUACGGCGCAUUAGCCAGUGUCUCUGAUGCUGAGAUCAAGUCUCUGUCUGAGACGCUGUACAAGUUAGACCAUAACAGGGCCACAGCCUCAGAACUGGUUAUUGAUCCUCAGACACUGAUCUCUUCAUCUCAGACCGGAUCCAGGGAUGACCACUCAUCUCGCCCACUGUUCAAGCAAGUGAGUAGUACUUUGCUCUCCAAGCCCACAUAUAAAGCUCUGCUGAAUCUAUUAGACAACUAUAGAAGGGUGACAGGGGAAGUGGAGGAUGUGCCCUCACAGGAAGUGCAGGAGCAGGACACUUUCCUCCAACAGACCAUAAACACUGAUGUGGGCAGGGAGCUUUACAAUUUCCUCCACUCCAAAGGUAUAUACUCAUCUCAGAGCGAGUUUAUCCAGGAUCUGAAGAUGAUGUGGUUUGGUCUUUACUCUCGAUCUAGUGGCAAACUGGACUCCAGUGGGUUUGAGCACAUCUUUGCAGGGGAAAUUAAGGGUGGAAAGGUGUCUGGUUUUCACAACUAGCUGCAGUUGUAUCUGAAUGAGAAACAGGGACUCCUAAAUUACUACAGCCAUAGUUUUAAUGGCCCUUGGACCACAUAUCCUGAUGUAUUGGGAAUGCAGUUUGAAUGGAAUGGAUAUUUCAAAGAGGUUGGUUCUGCCUUUGUUGGCUCUAGUCCUGAAUUUGAUCUUGCUAUCUACAGUCUCUGCUACAUCACCCGCCCUGGCAAGAAGUGUUAUGUGAGUCUGGGAGGACAGACUCUGGGCAUUCAGACCUAUACAUGGGACAACAGCAGCUAUGGGGAUGGAAAGAAGUACAUUGCCUCCGCUUACCCUGCCACACCAUGAUUCCCCGUCAUCUGUGCAUCAGCAUCAACAGACUCACAACCAAAACAACUCAUAUGCAAUCUUAUUUUUUCUCUUGGUUGUUCGAGGUUGAUGUUGGACCAAAUAAAACACAAGAAAAUAAAAA